AUGGACUUCUCUAAACACAGAUAAAUUAUAACUAAUUUUUGUGGCCCAAAUUGGCAAUUAGGAGUUAUUCCUCUAAAAUAUGAUAAGCAAUACGACAAUGUAGAGUUUAGAGAAAUUCAAGAAGAGUAAAGUAUCAUCAUAUUAAUAUUCGACAAGAUAGUAUUAAGAAUCUGUGGUGUUUAUUAAUAACAAGUAAAUAAUAACUUCAAGGAGAUUGGAGAGUUAGAAGGAUACUUAACCAAAAAGCAAGUUCAGCAUAAGAUUUAUACAAAUUGGCAUACUAUUAUGAAAUUAAAUCAAAAUUAUUGAUAGAAUAGGAAUAUGCUUGGAAUGGAUUGAAUUAAUUAUAACUAUAAUAAUAAAGUGUAAAGCUUUCAAAAUUGACCUUGAAUGAGAGAGAAAAAUAUAUAGAAAUAGUUAAAUCAUAUAAAAUUGACCCUUAAAUUAGCAUGAAAUCACGAAAAUCUUGA